UCGCGAGCGACGCGCGCGCACGCAGCGACAACGACACGAACGACUCUCGCGACCACAACAAUACAUGGCAAUUGUUUGACAUUAUUAUGUGAUAAACCCUAUAAAUUAAGUAAAAUAUAUUUAAAAUAUUUAAUCGUAAUUAAGAAUCUCCUAUAGUUAGUGUUUAAAUUAAAUUAUUCGCGAAGUGGGACCAAAAUGACGAUAAAAAAUAAAAAGACUAAACAGUCCAAAUCGUCCGAAGUGACAUCCAGCACAAGUGCUUCGAGUAGCGUACAGAAGACUACGACUACGGUGCAGCAGAGCAGCAACACUCUUCAGAAGUCCAGCUCAUCCGGCAAGAAGGUGCGCUACAUCGAGGUAAAGGUCGAGGAGGAUGACCCGCUGAUGAUCACUGAUGUGACCGAUCACUCGAUUAGUGGGUCUACUAUAUCCGAGCAUUACAAUAGUCACCCGCACUAUAUUAUUACGGAAGCUCCUUCAAUGACUGACUUAUCACAAACAAGAUCGCAUUCUGAACAUCACGUAAGUGACAUGGCUCAAGCAACCACUGGCGAGUUCGUUUCUAGCUCGGUAUUGCAAGAGUCCUCUACGUCACAUCAACAAAGUUCAAAGAGCGAAACUUUCCAAUCUUCAUCGUCUGUUCAACACUCUGGCUCUAGCCACAGCCAAACAUUCGAUAGAACCGCCGACUCCUCGACCGGCAACCAAACGCUCAACACUGCAUUUAUCGACUCAUCAGGUGCCUCGAACCCUCGGUUCGUUACUAAAUCACAAGGUGCGAAUGCUGCUAAUACUUUUCUUCAAUCAGAACGUCAAGAACUUCUAAAUCAGUCAGCGCAGAAUACAUCGAGUCACUCCUCGGAGACUAUAAACAAGACUAAUGUAUCAAGUGAUCAAAAAUUUAAACAGCAACACGAUAAAAUAAAUUAUCGCAACUCCCCUGAGCCCUCCAAAAGGGUUCAAACUGUAAAAUCAGAUACGUCAAACUUUUACGGUGGAGAAGGUACUCUUGAUAAAAAUUCUAAAACAAAACAAUACAGCAGUACCUCGCAGUCAAAUGAGACUAAAAGCAGCAGCGUAACAAAGUCAUCAUCAAGUUCUUACGUUGUUGAAAUUGUCGAUGGGAAAGAACGUAUCAUCGACAGUUCUAAGAGAGAAUGGGGAGACGCAAGCGAACAAGCUUCUCAAGAGGCAUAUGCUAGCGUAAGUGGCACUGAUAUAAAACCCGAAUCAGUUUAUAGUUCUCAAAACUAUGACAUGAAAUCAAAAUAUGAUACAGGUAAAGCUGGCCAAAAGCCUACGAGUGAGAUGCUAUUGAAAGAACAAUCUAAAUUGAUCAAGGAUGGGAAUCAGAUAACUACCCACGAAAGUGUUAUAUCUGAGAAAGACAACUACAAACAACAUCAGCUCACCUCAACUCAAGAUACUUUGGCCUCUACCCAAAAGCAUCUUGCUAGCACACAAGAUCACCUGAAAUCUAAUGUGACCUCUAGUCAGAUUCAUCAGUCAUCGACUGAUCAGAACAACUACUCAACUGUUACAUCCGAUUCGUAUAAUACUAUCAACAAAACUGAUAAAAAUGUUAUUGAAAAUACUUCAAACAAACAAAACAUAACAGAUAGGAGGCGUAAUGCAAAUAAAACAGAUUCAUCUAAUUUCUAUGGUUAUGAUAAUACUAUCCAAAAUGAAUUAAGGAAAGUAGGAGAUAUUCUUCAGGUCAGUGACACUCAAAAUGUUAACUUUUCGACAAAAAUAUUAAAAAGUAAUACUAGUAGCGCUCAACAAGCGUCUACUUCUUCGUACGUAUUUGAGGUUGUUGAUGGAAAGCAAAAAGUUGUUGACAGCUCUCACAGAGAAUGGGGCGAUAGCAAAGAGCACGCUACCUAUGAGAAGAGUCACAAUGUAGGUGGUACCGGUAUAAAGCCUGAAAGCGAGUACAGUAGACACGUACUAGACAAAGAAUCUCAUUAUGAUACUGGCAAAGACGGUGUUCCUAAAAGCUCUACUCAGAUUGCUGAAGAAUCUGUCUUAUACAAGAAUGGAAAAGAAAUUGCAGCCACCAGUAAUGUUUAUGCUGGGGACUUCACAAAGAAAAAGGCGAUCACUGAACAUCAUCACACUGACACAGAAGAUGUACACAAUCAACGCAUUCAUGACACAACCGACUCAAAAGUUUAUUCAACAACUUAUGAAACAAAUACUUCUUCUGACGUCCAAUCCCAUCUGAAGGAUCACACAGAUGUUACAAAAACUACCGACUUCGUAACAACUGAGAAGAAAAAUCUAGAGAAACAAAAUGUUUCUAAGGAAACUACAUCCACAUCUCAAACUAAAGACACAUUGACAAGUUACGAGAGAAGCACGGGAACUUGGAACGGAAAAUUCGUUUAUGAAAAAGACGAUGAUAGGCCUAAAAAGCCUAAGGAGAUGUCUCCAUUCGGAAGACCUGAACAGCCAAGACAUCACUUGAAGCGUCAAGAUACUCAGGAGAAUAUUAUUUUAUCGUCCAGGGAUAUCAAAGAUUUUACUUCAAUCAGUGAUUUACGCAAAAUCAUUGAAUCCUCACAGUCUAAGAAGGAUGUCACCGUCAGCAACAAAAAUAUUGUUAUCAGUAGGAACAUCGAUGACAGAGUCUUGAAAGAAAUUAUAGAGACAGUAAGAAAAUACCCCUUCAAGAGGAUAGAUAAAGUAACAUUCGGAACUAAAAUCAACGAGGAUGUAAAAGAUCUUUACGAAGGAAUUGAUACUGAAGAUACUACAGUAGUGACCACAACUACGGGAGGCACUACAAAGAAGUCAUUUGAAGUUGAAAAGAACAGAAGCCAAAUUGAAGUGACACGAUACAUCACAGAAAACGGUGUGACAAGAAAGAUAACAACUUAUGAGGACGCUAAAGAGGAUGACAAAAUUAAAACUAACGUCUUCGUCGACAAAAGUAACGUAGACUUCAAAACCUUGCGCGAUGUCCAAACGACUGAAGACGUGAUUCGUGAAUCAUACGACGUGGUAGACCGUGCUAUCACUGACAGGAGAGAGGACACCACCGUCUAUGAUGAGACCAUCAUCGACGACAGGAAGACGGUGCGUGACGACAGGACCACCGUCGAGAAGACCGUCAUCAUCGACGAAACCCGGCCCAAGUAUGGCGGCCCCAAGAAACCAGAGAAGAUUACUAAGGAACAGUGCAUCUGCGAAAUCUGCACUUGUGGGCGUCACCGCUGCCCACACAACGAUGUCCCGGAGCCAUUGUUCGAUGUGGAGCACACGACGAGCGUGGUCUCCGCGUACAAGAACGACUACGACGAGAAGCACGUCACCCGCACCACCGCCGUGCAUCAUGAGGACCACCUCCACCUCGAGGGAGACUUCCAGGAACCGGAGCGUCCCAAGUGGCAACCCGCCGAGCGGCCCCAGCAACGCAGACCCGAAGACAACCUCAAGCCAGAAGGAGACUUCGAGAGGAGACGCCCGGAGGAAUGGCGCCCGGGCGACAGGGCUGUCGUCAAGCGCCCUGAAGACAAUCUGAGACCUGAAGGCGAGUUUGCCAAACGCAAACCGGACGAGUGGCAACCCGGUGAUCGUGCGCCCGUUCGUAAGCCGGACGACAAUCUAAGACCAGAGGGGGAUUUCACUACUCCAGAAAAAGAACCUUGGCGUCCUGCAGAAAGGCAGAAGCCUAAAAAGCCAGAAGAUAAUUUGAGACCUGAAGGAGAUUUCGAGAGGCGCAAACCUGACGAAUGGCGUCCAGGCGAUCGUGCUCCAACACGUCGUCCCGAAGACAAUCUUCGCCCUGAGGGAGAUUUUGAACAGCGCAGGCCAGAAGAAUGGCGUCCAGGUGACAGGGCUCCUGUCAAGCGUCCUGAAGAUAACCUUAGACCUGAGGGCGAUUUCGAGAAAAGAAGACCUGAAGAAUGGCGUCCAGGUGACAGGGCUCCCGUCAAGCGUCCUGAAGACAACCUAAGACCUGAGGGCGAUUUCGAGAAGAGAAGACCAGAAGAAUGGCGCCCUGGUGACAGGGCUCCUGUCAAGCGCCCAGAAGAUAAUCUUAGACCUGAGGGAGAUUUUGAGAAACGCAGGCCUGAGGAAUGGCGUCCAGGAGACCGAGCUCCCGUACAUCGUCCUGAUGAUAACCUAAGACCUGAAGGAGAUUUCACUACACCAGAAAAAGAACCUUGGCGUCCAGCUGAACGCCAGAAGCCGAAAAAACCUGAAGACAACUUAAGACCUGAGGGUGAAUUUGAGAGAAGAAAGCCAGAUGAAUGGCGUCCUGGUGACAGAGCGCCCGUUCGCCGGCCAGACGAUAACCUAAGACCAGAAGGUGAAUUCACUACGCCAGAAAAGGAGCCAUGGCGCCCGGCUGAACGUCCAAAACAAAAGAAGCCUGAAGAUAACCUUAAGCCUGAAGGCGAUUUCGAGACAAGGAAGCCAGAUAAAUGGCAACCUGGUGAAAGGGAACCAGUUAAACGACCACAAGAUAAUCUAAGGCCUGAGGGAGAAUUCACUACUCCAGAAAAAGAAGAAUGGAAACCCGCUGAAAGGCCCAAACAAAAGAAACCAACUGACAACCUAAAGCCAGAAGGAGAUUUUGCUAAGCGGCAACCAGAUGAAUUCGUCCCUGCAGAGAAGGCGAUAGUCAAGAAGCCUGAAGAUAACCUCCGACCAGAAGGAGAAUUUACAAAGAGGACCGUCAUUGACGAUUACACUGUCAUUAAGGGAGAACGCGCUGAGAUAAUCCGUCGUACUGAUAAUAUCAUCACAGAAGGUGAAUUCACAGAUACAACCACUUCGCGUUCAGAGUACACUAUCAAGCCAGUCGAGAGGCCUUCACCAGUUCGUCGUAACACCUGGACAAAGAUAGAAGGAGAUAUGACAACCGAAACUACCAGUAAAUCUGAAUUCAUCGACUACACUGACAUCGUCGAGAGGACUACAUUGGUCGCGCGGAGAACUGACAAUAUUAUUAGAGAAGGUGAAAUCGAAUUCGUUACUUCUAAUCAAACAGAUUUCACCGAGAAAGUAACACCUGUUGAACGUCCUCAACGACGCCGUACAUGGACAAAGGAAGACUUUGAAAAAUUCUAUUCUACGGAGGAUCUACAAAAAAUUACUACUUCACAGGAAGAGUAUAAAACUUACGAAGAAACUGAUAUAAGACAACAACAAAUAAUAAGGAAAGAUAACUUGCAUAUGGAAGGUAUCUUCGAUAGCCAUACCGUAUCUCAAGAUGAUUACGGUCCAAAGAAAAUGGGUGAAAAAUUGAAACAAAAGAGGCCCAUUGAUAACUUGAAACCCGAGGGAGAGUUUGAGCAGCCGAAACACGAUGAAUGGAAACCAGCUGAACGUCAAACUCCAAAGAAGCCAGAAGAUAAUCUCAAGCCCGAAGGUCAAUUUGAGACGCCCAAACAAGAAAAGUGGCGUCCGGCUGAGAAGCGUGAACCCACGAAGCCUAAAGACAAUUUGAAGCCUGAGGGUGAAUUUGAGCAACCCAAACAUGAUGAGUGGAGGCCAGCCGAACGUCAAACACCGAAGAAACCCCAAGACAACCUCCGCCCAGAAGGAGAGUUUGAACAACCGAAACACGAUAAGUGGCGUCCAGCUGAGAAGCGUGAACCCACGAAGCCUAAAGACAAUUUGAAGCCUGAGGGUGAAUUUGAGCAACCCAAACAUGAUGAGUGGAGGCCAGCCGAACGUCAAACACCGAAGAAACCCCAAGACAACCUCCGCCCAGAAGGAGAGUUUGAACAACCGAAACACGAUAAGUGGCGUCCAGCUGAGAAGCGUGAACCCACGAAGCCUAAAGACAAUUUGAAGCCUGAGGGUGAAUUUGAGCAACCCAAACAUGAUGAGUGGAGGCCAGCCGAACGUCAAACACCGAAGAAACCCCAAGACAACCUCCGCCCUGAAGGAGAGUUUGAACAACCGAAACACGAUAAGUGGCGUCCAGCUGAGAAGCGUGAACCCACGAAGCCCAAAGACAAUUUGAAGCCUGAGGGUGAAUUUGAGCAACCCAAACAUGAUGAGUGGAGGCCAGCUGAACGUCAAACACCGAAGAAACCCCAAGACAACCUUCGCCCUGAAGGGGAGUUUGAACAACCGAAACACGAUAAGUGGCGUCCAGCUGAGAAGCGUGAACCCACGAAGCCUAAAGACAAUUUGAAGCCUGAGGGUGAAUUUGAGCAACCUAAACAUGAUGAGUGGAGGCCAGCCGAACGUCAAACACCGAAGAAACCCCAAGACAACCUCCGCCCUGAAGGAGAGUUUGAACAACCGAAACAUGACAAGUGGCGUCCAGCUGAGAAGCGUGAGCCCACGAAACCUAAGGACAAUUUGAAACCUGAAGGUGAAUUCGAACAGCCUAAGCACGAUGAAUGGCGUCCAGCUGAGAGACAGACACCGAAGAAACCCCAAGACAACCUCCGCCCUGAAGGAGAGUUUGAACAACCGAAACAUGACAAGUGGCGUCCAGCUGAGAAGCGUGAACCCACCAAACCUAAGGACAACUUGAAGCCAGAGGGUGAAUUCGAACAGCCUAAGCACGAUGAAUGGCGUCCAGCUGAGAGACAGACACCUAAGAAGCCACAAGACAACCUCCGCCCGGAAGGAGAAUUCGAAACACCAAAACACGACAAGUGGCGUCCUGCUGAGAAACGUGAACCCACCAAGCCUAAGGACAACUUGAAGCCCGAGGGAGAUUUCGAGCAACCUGAACACGAAGAAUGGCGCCCUGCAGAAAGGCAAACGCCUAAGAAGCCACAAGAUAACCUUUACCCUGAAGGCGAUUUCGAACAACCUAAACAUGACAAGUGGCGUCCAGCUGAAAGGCGCGAACCCACGAAACCGCAAGACAACUUGAAACCUGAAGGUGAAUUCGAAAAGCCCAAACAUGAUGAGUGGCGCCCUGCCGAAAGACGCGAAGUCACAAAACCUAAGGAUAAUCUUAAACCAGAAGGUGAGUUUGAGAAGCCUAAACAUGACGAAUGGAGACCAGCUGAACGACAGACACCUAAGAAACCACAAGAUAACCUAAGGCCGGAAGGAGAAUUCGAGCAACCCAAACAUGACAAAUGGCGUCCAGCUGAGAAACGUGAACCCACUAAACCUAAAGAUAAUUUGAAGCCAGAGGGUGAAUUUGAGCAGCCUAAGCAUGAUGAAUGGCGUCCAGCUGAGAGGCAGACACCUAAGAAGCCACAAGAUAACCUCCGCCCUGAAGGAGAAUUCGAAACACCAAAACACGACAAGUGGCGUCCAGCUGAGAAACGUGAGCCCACCAAACCUAAGGAUAACUUGAAGCCCGAAGGAGAUUUCGAGCAACCUGAACACGAAAAAUGGCGUCCUGCCGAAAGGCCGACACCUAAGAAGCCACAAGAUAACCUUUACCCUGAAGGCGAUUUCGAACAACCUAAACAUGACAAGUGGCGUCCAGCUGAAAGGCGCGAACCCACGAAACCGCAAGACAACUUGAAACCUGAAGGUGAGUUUGAAAAGCCCAAACAUGAUGAAUGGCGCCCGGCUGAGAGACCUGUUCAAAAGAAACCGAAAGAUAAUCUUCACCCUGAGGGCGAGUUUGAAACACCUAAGCACGAUGAGUGGCGUCCAGCUGAAAGACGCGAGGUCACAAAGCCAAAGGAUAAUUUGAAACCAGAAGGUGAGUUUGAGAAGCCUAAACAUGAUGAAUGGCGACCUGCAGAGCGACAGACUCCUAAGAAACCACAAGACAAUCUAAGACCUGAGGGAGAGUUCGAACAACCUAAACAUGAUGAGUGGCGUCCGGCUGAAAGGCAGACACCCAAGAAGCCGCAAGACAACCUCCGCCCUGAAGGAGAAUUCGAAACACCGAAACACGACAAGUGGCGUCCAGCUGAGAGGCGUGAGCCGACUAAGCCUAAGGAUAACUUGAAACCUGAAGGUGAAUUUGAACAGCCCAAGCAUGACGAAUGGCGCCCGGCUGAAAGGCAGACUCCCAAGAAGCCGCAAGACAACCUUCAUCCCGAAGGCGAGUUCGAAACACCAAAACACGACAAGUGGCGUCCAGCUGAGAGGCGUGAGCCGACUAAGCCUAAGGAUAACUUGAAACCUGAAGGUGAAUUUGAACAGCCCAAGCAUGACGAAUGGCGCCCGGCUGAAAGGCAGACUCCCAAGAAGCCGCAAGACAACCUUCAUCCCGAAGGCGAGUUCGAAACACCAAAACACGACAAGUGGCGUCCAGCUGAGAGGCGUGAGCCGACUAAGCCUAAGGAUAACUUGAAACCUGAAGGUGAAUUUGAACAGCCCAAGCAUGACGAAUGGCGCCCGGCUGAGAGGCAGACACCCAAGAAGCCGCAAGAUAACCUUCAUCCCGAAGGCGAGUUCGAACAACCGAAACAUGACAAGUGGCGUCCAGCUGAAAAGCGUGAGCCUACUAAGCCAAAGGAUAAUUUGAAACCAGAAGGUGAAUUUGAACAGCCCAAGCAUGACGAAUGGCGCCCGGCUGAAAGGCAGACUCCCAAGAAGCCGCAAGACAACCUUCAUCCCGAAGGCGAGUUCGAAACACCGAAACACGACAAGUGGCGUCCAGCUGAGAGGCGAGAGCCGACUAAGCCUAAGGAUAAUUUGAAGCCUGAAGGUGAAUUUGAACAGCCCAAGCAUGACGAAUGGCGCCCGGCUGAGAGGCAGACACCCAAGAAGCCGCAAGAUAACCUUCAUCCCGAAGGCGAGUUCGAACAACCGAAACAUGACAAGUGGCGUCCAGCUGAAAAGCGUGAACCCACGAGACCGCAAGACAACUUGAAACCAGAGGGCGAAUUCGAAAAGCCAAAACAUGACGAAUGGCGCCCGGCAGAAAGGCAGACACCAAGGAAGCCGAAAGAUAAUCUACAUCCUGAAGGCGACUUUGAACAGCCUAAACAUGAUGAGUGGCGUCCGGCUGAGAGACCUGAAGUCAAAAAGCCAAAGGAUAACUUGAGACCAGAAGGCGAAUUUGAGAAACCCAAGCACGACGAAUGGCGACCAGCUGAGCGUCAAACUCCCAAAAAACCACAAGACAAUCUGCGACCUGAAGGAGAGUUUGAAACGCCAAAGCCUGACAAGUGGCGCCCAGCUGAACGUCAGACACCCACCAAACCUAAAGAUAAUCUUCGGCCUGAGGGUGACUUUGAGAAACCAAAACAUGACGAAUGGAGACCAGCAGAAAGACCUGAAGUCAAAAAGCCCAAAGAUAACUUGAGACCAGAAGGAGAAUUCGAAAAACCUAAGCAAGAUGACUGGCGUCCAGCUGAGCGACAGACCCCCAAGAAACCGCAAGAUAAUCUGAGACCGGAGGGAGACUUUGAGAAGCCUAAGCACGAUGAGUGGCGCCCAGCAGAGAAACCUGUCGUUAAACGACCCAAGGAUAAUCUGAAACCUGAAGGAGAAUUCGAGAAACCUAAACACGAUGAAUGGCGUCCCGCUGAAAGGCAAACUCCCAAGAAACCUCAGGAUAACUUGAAACCUGAAGGCAAAUUUGAGACACCAAAACAUGACGAAUGGCGUCCAGCAGAAAGGCCAGAAGUUAAGAAGCCUAAGGACAAUCUGAAGCCUGAAGGUGACUUCGAGAAGCCGAAACCAGAGAAGUGGAGACCUGCUGAAAAACAGACACCGAAAAAACCACAGGACAAUCUGAAACCAGAAGGACAAUUUGAACGGCCAGAGAAGCCUAAGCCAAUUAAGGGAGAGAGACCUGUUCAAAAGAAGCCUGAAGAUAACUUGAAACCCGAGGGUGACAUGGAGGUUGUAAGACGAACAGAUUACACAGCAACGAAAGGCGAUCGUGUUGACGUUGUCAGGCAUGAGGAUCACCUAAAGAUGGAAGGAACAAUUGACAUUCAUCGAUCACGUGAUGAUUAUAAGCGUAUUGAAAGGACUGAAAAGGUAGUUAUUCAGAAGCACGAAGAUAAUUUAAAAACGGAAGGAGAGUUUAUUGACCUUCAAAUACGUAAUGAUUAUAGCGCAACUAAAGGCGAAAGAGCGCCUGUAGUUAAACCUCAAGACAACCUGAAACCCGAUGGCAAAUUCUACAAGCCUGAAGUAGUUCCAUCGCAACCAGCUGAAAAGCGUAAGCCAUUCAAGCAAGUUGAUAAUAUUACAAUUGACAGAGAAACUGAUUUACGUCGCAGGCAAAAGGUUGAGCGAGUAGAUAUCAUUAGAAGAGAAGAUAAUUUGAAGAUAGAAGGAGAAUUCAUUGACAUGAAACAAAGAAAUGAUUACACCGUCGUGAAAGGUGAUCGUAGUGAAAUAGUCAAACAUGAAGACAAUUUGAAAAUGGAAGGCACAAUGGAAAACAUCCGUUCUUCAGACACAUAUCGUGUAGUAAAAGGACAACGAGUGAAAUUGACUCGAAGAGAAGAUAAUCUUAAAAUUGAAGGAGUGUUUGAAGAUCAUACUCGCCGGGAUGAUUAUAGAGUGACAAAAGGAGAAAGGUCUGCUAUUAUUUACCACCCAGACAAUUUGAAACCAGAAGGAGAAUUCGAAAAAAGACCUGAGCCAACCGAAGUUGUUUAUGAUGAAAAACGCACCCCAAUAAAACAAACAGAUAACUUAAAGCCAGAGGGAACCUUUGACAGACCCACCCGGCCAAAAUGGGUUAAAGGGGAGAAACCAGAACUUACCAAGCCACAUGACAAUCUCCGCCCCGAAGGUGAAUUUGAGCGAAAGCCCAAAGAGCAGUGGCAACCUGGAGACAGACCAACCCAAAAACGUCCAGAAGAUAACUUGAGGCCUGAUGGUGAAUUUGAAAAAAAACCAAAACAACAAUGGCAGCCAGGUGAAACGCCUGAUCAAGUACGUCCCAAGGAUAACUUGAAACCUGAUGGUGAAUUCGAAAAACGACCUCAGACUAAAUGGCAGCCAGGUGAAACACCUCAACAAGUGCGACCAAAAGAUAAUCUUAGACCUGAAGGCGAAUUUGAAAGGCGACCUCAGACUAAAUGGCAACCAGGCGAAACACCUUCACAGGUGCGUCCAAAAGAUAACCUUAAACCCGAAGGCGAAUUUGAAAGACAACCUCAGACUAAAUGGCAACCAGGCGAAACACCUUCACAGGUGCGUCCAAAAGAUAACCUAAAGCCUGACGGAGAAUUUGAAAAACGUCCUCAGACUAAAUGGCAGCCAGGUGAAACACCCUCACAGGUGCGUCCAAAAGAUAACUUGAAGCCUGACGGUGAAUUCGAAAAGAGACCGCAACAACCUUGGCAACCUGGAGAAACACCAGCUCAAGUACGCCCUAAGGAUAAUCUAAGACCCGAAGGUGACUUUGAUAGGCCUAGUAAAACAAAAUGGAGUCCUGGUGACAGACCUGACCAAGUAAGGCCAAAAGACAAUCUUCAUCCCGAUGGUGCAUUCCAAGACAGGCCUAAAUCGCAGUGGCAACCUGGUGAAACCCCUAGCCAGGUCCGGCCAAAAGAUAACUUAAAACCUGAAGGAGACUUUGACCGUCCGAGUACUCAGAAGUGGAGCCCUGGUGAAAAACCUGGACCCAUAAAACCAAAGGACAACCUUUACACCAAUGGCCACGUAACAAAACACGAUACAACUCAUGUGCAGAGUAGCGAUGUUACUAAGAAGACGACAGACUCUACAUCUGUUACAGGACGCGAUGACUCUAUCAUUAAGUCGCAUUCAGAAAUACGCCAUGAUGACCAAACGCAUGCAACACAUACAGAACGUCACGUAAAACACUCUAGUACUCACAGUACUACGGAGCACGCAACUACCAAGCAUUUGCAAUCUGGUACACACGUAAGGCAGAGGCCUCAAGACGAACCAGACAGGACGGGGUCACAAACUAGUGUUAACCGAGUGGUAGACAGGUCUAGCACUGACCGUUCUCGUAAUGUUACAGACAAGACUAUCAGCAAAUCUGAUUCAAGGAAUGUGAAGAAUGUAACUUCUACUACUUCUACAACGAAGGUGAUAAAACAAGUGACUGAAAAGAAAUUGAUUGCUGGUAAAUGGGUUAAUGUUACCAGGAAUGUUGAAACGUAUGUUACUUCUAACGGUGACGGUCCAGAUUCAGGAAAACCCAAGAGAAUAGAUGAUCGUCCAAGGCCGGCAGCUGGCAUGCCAUCUACGGUUGAUACACAGAGAGUAGUAACGACUGACCAGCAAUCUGUCAGUUCAACAAGUAGUUCUCAAGACCUGAGAACACACCAGCGCCAUAGCCCCGUUGGAGGUCCUGAUGGUGGUAAACCCAAGAGAAUAGAUGAUCGACCAAGGCCAGCAGCAGGUAUGCCGUCUGGUGGACACAGCACUAAAAAAAUAGUGACUAGUGAUCAACAAACAGUCAGCUCAAUAAGCAGUACCCAAGAUUUGAGUACGCACCAAAGGCACACUCAUAUUGGAGGUCCUGAUGGAGGAAAACCCAAGAGAAUAGAUGACCGCCCAAGACCUGCAGCGGGAAUGCCUUCUGGUGGAGACACUACUCAUAGAAUAAUAACCUCUGAUCAACAAUCACUCAGCUCGACGAGUAAGCAAGAUAUGAGCACACAACAACGUCACAGCCAUAUUACUUCUGAAACUCAUACACAACGAAACGUUUCCAAUAUUUCCAGUGAGGCACAUGAUAUUCAACAUAGAACCACUCACCAAUAUCCAUCAGAUCAUGUUAGAAGACAGAUCGGCUCUGAUACUGACAGAGUGGUUUCGAGUCAACAAAGUGAUAGGCACAUUACAUCAGACAGUAACGUACAACGUAAUGUUUCCCGCGGAAGUCACUUGGAACAAAAUCAAACCUCUUAUUCGACUUCGGGUACCAGGAGGGUUCAUGGCUCUUCGCAAGAUAUUACCAACUCUAGAAGCCAAGGAUCAAUUUCUCAGCAACACCUUGCUUCUGACAGCCACAGUCAACGAAAUGUGUCCACACACGUUACGAAAGGUAGUCACACCGAACAAAACAUUUCAAGAUCAUCUCACCUAACGCACAGCGUCAAUAGAAAUCAGCUGAGUGACAGUGUCACAAAUACCAGCAUCGAGUUCCAAAGAGCUAUGCACGGUGGAGGCGAUGUAACCACAGUCGUUGACAAUUCAUCCCGGAGUGGUUUCCACAAACGUAACUCUGACCUAGUUUCGGAUUCUUCAAAUGCAGUUCUCCACCGCAAAGGUGUAUCCUCAUCUACAGAAGCGCACCAUACUAUCAGUUCAACGGCUGCCGCACAGCGAAAGAGUAUUGUUAACCUAAGCGAGCGCGGAGAAUACAUCAACUCUGCUCAAAACACAGACAGAAAAAGCAUCAGUUCAAUGCAUCGGUCAGGGCGUGACAACAUGGGAGUGAUCACUCAACACACUGAUAGUUCGGAUUCGAGACGCACCCAAAAUAAAAGAGAUGGUCAAUCGACGUUGGUGAUUGAACGUCAGCCGCGUGUGAAUAUACGCGACAAUCUGCAGGUCGGAGGCGAGUUUUACGGGCAGUCGGAGUCCCGCUACGGGAGUUUCUCGCGCUCGGAACAAGCGCAAAGGGCGGAGCGUUCUGAGCGCGUAGAGCGUGUGGAGCGAGUCUCUCGUCACCACGGCACUACUUCUCAGUUCGUGUUAGGCGAUGGUAGCACCAGCUACAAGCGAGAAUUCCACUCGCACGUGCACGGCACAUGUCCCGCUACGCUCAUUGAGUCCCCGCGGACGCCCUUCAAGCACACCCGGGACACUCGCGAGCACAAGUUCUACGCCGCUAAAGUUACUCAGAAAUAAAACGUCAACAUUUAAAAACUAUCCAUUCCUUAUACUAGAGCUUUGAAGUUAAUAUUUUUGCCAGAUUUACUAUGAAAAGGCGAGCUAACAAACCUAGUCCUAAUAAGAUUAACAUGCCAUUCUACAAAUGCAUAAUUUUACUGUUAUUUUAACAUAUUAUUAUUAUAUAACUUUUAUUAUUUACUUUUUUUUGUCAAACUUUGCCAUGAAUAAAUUUUAUAUUAUGAUAA